CAAUGCGUGGCGCAGAGCUGGUGGGCACAGAGCUGGUGGGCCCAGAGCCGGUGUGCGCAGCGAUGGACGGUGAACACAGCCUCAGGAUGGACGAUACUGUCCGGGAGCUCAUGGAGCUCUUUCUACAGAGCCCGCUGGUGACUUGGGUGAAAACUUUGAGCCCAGUCGCCAGCGGCAAGGAAGACAACCUGUACAUGCACUUGGUGGAUGGCAACUUGCUGAACCAAGUCAUGCUGGAAAUAGAGGAAGAGAGAGGGAUAGAGAGCUAGAAACAUCGAUG